AUGCACCAAUGGAUGCUUUGGAAAAUGCUUCUUUGUUGGCAAAUAUGGAAAAAGCGUAAUGAUGUUUUGUUCAGGGACUCAGGGUUCAGUCCGGCUUCUAUAGUGCAUGCUUCAUCCUCCUUUUGUGCUGCCUACAGGACUCAUAACCCCCGUUCUGCUACGACUUCCAUUGGCUUAAGUGAAGUCAUUAAAUGGCACCCGCCGCCUGAAAACUUCGUCAAGCUCAACUUUGAUGGGUCUGAUUCUUCUUCCAUCCUGGCUGCUGCGGGCUUUGUUAUUAGAAACCACUGUGGUGACCCCAUUGUUGCUGGUUCGAGGUCAAUUGGAUCUUCAACGGUUCCUUUGGCUGAAUGUACAACUCUAAAGGAUGGCCUGUUAGCUGCUAAGCAAUUCAACAUGGACCAUCUUUUAGUGGAGGGUGAUUCAUCCCUAAUCAUCAACUGUGUCAACCGCAAGUGUGAAGCUCCCUGGAUGUUAAAAUCUCUCCUCAAAGACAUAGCUUCUAUUGCUAAUUCCUUCGCAACCAUCUCCUUCUCUCAUGUUUUUCGGGAAGUGAACUUCUUAGCUGAUGCUGUUAUGUCUACGGGAUCAGGCUCAUCUCCUAGAGUUUGGUUGCAGUGUCUCCCUGUUUUUGCACUCCGUGCCCUUUACUGGGACAAAUUUAACUUUGGUUGCCCGAGGGGUUUUUCGUUGUAG